GCUCGCUCGCUCGCUCGCUCGCUCCCGCUCCCUCAUCCGGCCCGGCACUGCCGGAUCCCCGCCCCCUCUCCUUUCGCUCUCCACUUCGCCCUGAGGCCGGCACUGGCGUGCGAUCGCCCCUCCCCUCCUCCUUCCCUCCCUCGUGCCUGCCCGUCUGUCCCGCUUUGCGCCGCUCUCGCUGCCAUGUUUUCUUCGUGGUUCUCGACGCCGAAGUUCGCCCAUUCCAUGGUCGAUGUGACCCUCGCCUACCGAGAUCUCACCAUCAUCGAUCCGCUGGAGUUCGCCGAGGUUUGCGGGGCGGUGGUUCCCUCGUCGGUCAACUGGUUGGAUCUUUCGCACAACAAGCUCGAGGAUCUCUCUUCCAUCAGUCAGCUGGAUUGCGCGCUCAAGGUGCUGGUGGUCGAUCAUAACCAGUUGACCGGGCACAUUGGCCUGUCGCCGGACAGCCCCGUGACUCAGUCCUUGCGAGUGCUCUGGCUGAAUCACAAUCAGUUCACCAACCUGGCAUCCCUGGUGCAGUCUUUGCUGCUGGCCUGCCCGGAGCUGACCGAGCUCAGUCUCCUCGGCAAUCCCGCCUGCCCAAACUGGAUCAAUGGUGGCUCGGUGGUCGAGUACACACACUACCGGAACUUCAUUGUGGUCAACAUGCCAGGGCUGCAGGUUCUGGACGGCGACCCCAUCACUCCAGCUGAGCGCGACCGGGCAAGCGCCUCGGUGACGCCAACGCUCUCCUCCAGGCAGGUCCCCUCCUUCAUCACCAAGUCCUGUGUCGUUGGGUCCGGGCCAGCCCCGGGACCGGCGCCAACAACGGUCGACCCGAUGCUCGAGUCGGACUCGACGGCUUCCGCGUGUGAAGAAGCCACCUCGACUUCCGCCAAGGAGGCCCUUUCAGAUGAUGACAUUCCCUCCACGCCAAGUGAGGAAAUGUGCCCCUUGUGCGGCAAUCGGCUGGCCAAGUCGCCAGUUGUUGGCUGCGCGAAUGGCUGCAACCAAAACGAUGGAGAAAGCAUCAUGAUGCAGCCUUUCGAGGCGUCGAUCGUUCUGCCGGCAGAGGAGCCCGCCGGGGAUGAGAGUAGUGACUGGACUGACGAUGAGGCGUAGCAUGGGUGUCUCUUCGAUGAGCGACCUUUCCUUUUGCCUCCUGCCUUCUCUCCUACCUCUCUCUCUCUCUCUCUCUC